GCAUUCACUACACCCAACGGAAAAAUUGUGGCAUUUGAAAGGCUUCUACGUCUGGAAAGUUACUUUCGUGAAACGCUGUUUUUAUGUUUCUUUCGAAACAACAGCAGCUAAUCCCUUCUUCCAGUACUUGUCUCGACUGCUGUACUAGUUUGCAGCGAUUUGCUAUUGGCUUACCGCGCUCGCGGACUGUCUGGCCACGCGGCUGAAGUUGUAGAGUUGUCUUUCGUAAGGUAAAGAGAGAUGUCUAAGUCGGUGAAGAAACUUGUAGAAGAUGCCAAGUCGGGCAAGGCGAACCCGUUGGAUAAGAACGAUAUCGUGUUGGACGUGGCUGAUCGAGGCAUCAGUGAUCUCACGCAGGUGCCAGCAUUCUUCUCCUUGAGCAAUGUGACUCGCGUCAUCCUCAGCCAUAACAAACUUGGAGAAAUUCCUCACGAGAUCUGCGACCUGCGUGCACUGGAGAGUUUGAACCUAUUCAACAAUCACAUUGAGGAAUUACCUACAAGCAUCAGCACAUUGUCAAAGUUACGGCAUCUCAAUCUUGGUCUGAAUCGGCUGUGCACGUUGCCGAAAGGUUUCGGUGCGUUUGCCUGCCUUGAAGUGCUGGACCUCAGUUACAACAACCUCAGUUCGGAAUCGUUGCCUGGCAACUUCUUCUACAUGGCAACCCUACGAGCGCUAUACUUAUCUGACAAUGACUUCCACCAGAUCCCAGACGACGUUUCCAAGCUGAAGAGUCUGCAAGUGUUAUCAUUGCGUGAUAACGACCUCACAGAUCUACCGCCUGGUGUUAGUCGACUGGGCAAGCUCAAGGAGCUGCACCUACAGAGCAACCAUUUCAACUUACUACCGCCAGAACUGUCUCAACUCGAUUUCUCUGAUCCAACGCGUACAGUGUUCAAAGCCAAUGGUAAUCCACUGAUACCGGAACUGCAAGAGAGACUGACCAUGGGCGUCAAGCAUCUCUUCGACUUCCUACGAUCUCCGCUCUACGCAAGAAUAUAUCAAGAAAGAAUGGGCACGGAGCUCGUCAAGUUUGUCGAGCGCGACCGAUCGGCUCGCAAGUCCCGAAAGACAUUGCAGAAGAAGCGAGUACAGUGAAGAGAGUGGGAGUGUAUGUGUGAUGAGUGUGCCCCACCCAGACUAGCUAGCAGCAGAUGAUAGGCCUUCGCAUGGCUAAGAGCUACUGAUGUUUCUGUGAUUGGUUAGACAAGUGUCUGCAACUCCGUAUGGCAGUUCUUUUCUCGCUAGGCUGCGGCAGAAGUGUUUGCAUCAGCCUGUGCCUGCCGAACUCAAUCAGAUUUAGUUUUCACGCGUCAUUUCCCAAGAAUUUAGUCUGCCACAUCGUGCUAGCCCGAGCCACUGAAUGCUACCUUUCUUGUACAUAGUUAUUCUGAAUUUCACAGACAAAUAUAAGAUUUCCCUCACAAACUGGUCACCGUAGAAUACUAGUUGUAACCCUGAGCUAACUAGCCUGCAAUAUUACUUCCUUCUUAGUGUUUGUCACAUUUUGUAUGCAGUAAUUUCUUUUCAAAUUGUUUUUAACAAGUAGGCUGUUAGCCUGGAUAUCUGCAUGCAUGGUAUACUCACCUGGAUAUCUGCAUGCAUGGUAUACUCACCUGAAGUGUAUCUUGUCAUAUUCUGCAAGGAACUGGUUCUAAAAAAUUAAUGAUCUUUAAAAGUGUUCAUUCAGUAUAGAGUACACGCAUGAAACAACAAACUUACAACGGAAAUGCGUGGUGCUCUGUAACUCGUGUAAGUCAGUUUGCAUGAACAUUGAGCAUUCUCCCAAGCCCAGUGGAAGCGUGUUUGCAGCAAGA